AUGGGAGGAGCACAAAGUGCAGAUAAAGGACAUGGUUAUCACGUAUUAAGAGUUCAAGAGAACUCACCGGCGCAUUUGGCAGGCAUAGAGCCUUUUUUUGAUUAUAUUGUUGGAAUAAAUGGAAUACCCUUGGAUACACCCGAAAGUCGAGUACUACAAGAUCAAUUACUAGCAAAUGUGGAUAAAGAAGCCGCUACCAAUGAACACGUAUGGCAUAUAUUACAAGUAGCACCUAAAAGUCCAGCAGAACUGGCGGGUUUGAUGUCUUUUACUGAUUAUAUCAUUGGUACGCCGCAUGCAACAUUACAUAGCGAAGAUGAUUUUUAUGAGAUUGUUGAAUCCUACAUAGGGCAUCCUAUACGUCUUUAUGUAUAUAAUUCGGACUUUGAUGCCUGUCGAGAGGUCAUAAUAACACCAAAUAAUGCAUGGGGAGGAGAGGGUGUAUUGGGUUGUGGCGUUGGCUAUGGGUAUUUGCAUAGAAUACCAAAAACCAACAAAUAUCGCAAUAGUCAACUUACAUAUCCAUAUCAAGGGGAUUUAAAGCAACAACCACAACAAUUAAAUGAUCAAUCAUUAUUACCAGUCGAGAAAUCUCAUCCAUCACUUAACAAUAGUGAUGUUGCUACUAUCACGACCACCGUUGCUCCACUUUAG